AUGGUUCGUGCCCUUCACGUCCUGCCCUUUACUGCCACGGCUCUUGCAGCCUACACGGGCAACGUCAAUUACUUCUCGCCCUCACUGCACCAUCCUGGCUUGGGCGUCUCGAUCAACAAGGUAGCGAAGCGAGCAUACGCCAGCUCGCCAUGGGACCCCGCACAGCUCAACUUCACCCACGGCGUGGCUAGUGGUGACCCGUACGAGGACAGCGUUAUCCUUUGGACGAGAAUCAGUCCCUCCAACGAUAACGAUCAGAGCAAUGUGACCGUCUCUGGUUACGUUGGCCUGUACAACCAUGACACUGAGCCAUAUGUCGCCCAGAGUGCUGCUCCCGUGUGUGUGGACUGGAAGAUUAGUACCACGGAUGAUUUCGCCGUGACGGCUGAUGCGGGAACGGCUUACACGAGCUCUGAUAUUGACUACACGGUCAAGGUUGAAGCCAAGAAGCUACUCCCAUUCACCACCUACUACUAUCAGUUCAAUGUAUGUGGCUCCGACAAUGUUUCGCCCGUCGGUCGGACCAAGACCAUCCCCUCCAAGGACUCCAAGGUCGACACCGCCAUCAGACUGGCCGUGUACUCUUGCAGCAACUUUCCAUUUGGCUUCUUCAAUGCGUACGGAAACCCUGUGAGAAAGGACUCUGUCGACUAUGUUAUUCACCUCGGUGAUUACAUCUACGAGUACGGAAAUGGCGAGUAUGGUUGGGGAAAUGCCUACGACCGCAUCCCUCUACCAGACCGCGAGAUUUUCACACUGUACGACUAUAGAAGGCGGCUUGCUACAUAUAGAACCGACUUGGAUUUGGUUGCGAGCCACCAAAACUUCCCCUGGAUCCCUGUUUGGGAUGACCAUGAGGUCGCCGACAACACAUACCGUGAUGGUUCAUCCGAACUGAACAAUACUGAAGACUCAUUCAUUCACGAUGGUGGUGUAUCCGUUGACCAGCGCAAGAUGAACGCCGUCAGAGCUUAUUUCGAGUGGAUGCCCAUUCGUCAAGUGGAAAUGGACGACAACUUGCGCAUCUGGAGAGAUUUCAGCUUUGGUGAUCUCUUUGACCUCGUUAUGCUAGACACGCGCCAGUAUGACCGCUCCAUCACUGAUCUAUACUGGAACACCCACUACGUCCACGAGAUCUCGCAGGAUGCUGGCCGCAGUCUCAUGGGCCCCCGUCAGGAGGCCUGGUUCUACCACAAGCUCAAGGACAGCUCGUCUCGUGGAGCAACGUGGCGGAUCAUUGGCAACCAAAUCGUCUUUAGCCGCAUGAACGAGAGCUUGGGUCUUGGAGAUACGGAUCCCCUUAACUACGACUCGUGGGACGGCUAUCAGUCGAACCGCAACAGAACUUUCUCGACCCUUUACGAGAAUAACAUUAACAACACAAUUUUCCUGGCUGGCGAUUCGCACGCUUCUUGGGUCUCGGAUCUCGUAUGGCUGGACGAGCACGAGUAUGAUUCAAAGACGGGAUCCGGCUCCGUUGGCGUCGAGUUUGCAGGAUCGGCCGUCUCUUCACCGUGCCCCUACGGCCAGAACAUUAGUCUUGAGACAGCCAACAGCGCCUCCGCGUGGUUAACUGGUGCAAAUCAGGAAUUGCAAUGGCAGGAUCUGUACUACCGUGGCUACUAUGAGCUGUCAAUCAGCCACAGCUCGCUCAACGCCUCCUUCUUUGGCAUCCCGACCACGGCGGUCAAGCAGGGCUACGAGAUCUCCCUGGCCAACUUUACCGUUCUCCCGGGCGAGAACCAUUUGCACCGCCAGAAUGGCUCUGCCGCGGCCCCUUUGGCUGCCAGCGGAAGCUUGAAGAAUGGACAGCUGGGACAGACCAAUGUUACGCACGAUACCGCGUCGGGAGAUUGGUUCGUCUACAGUGGCUACACGUCGACUAGCGGCGGCGAGGCUUAG